AUGGCUGAGGACGAAGUGCUUUUCGACGAUGUGUACGAAUUGUGUGAGAUCAUUGGCAAGGGACCAUUCAGUCUGGUCCGUCGCUGUGUCCAUCGACAAACAAGCCAGCAGUUUGCUGUGAAGAUUGUUGAUGUGGCUCGCUUCACCGCUAGCCCAGGUCUCAGCACUGCUGAAAAAUAUCAACGUGGGUAUUAUCUAGUUGAUAGUAACAUCUUAUUGGGUAGCAUUCUAAGAGGCAUUGUUGGGUAUCUUAAAGAUAAAUUUGUGCGCAGAGCUACCGCUGGAUUUGUCUACAGCGAAGCUGUUGCUUGUCACUACAUGCGACAGAUCUUGGAAGCUCUGCGCUACUGCCAUGAGAAUGACAUCGUGCAUCGUGACGUCAGACCUCACUGUGUGCUACUCGCCGGGCGUGAUAACUGUGCUCCCGUCAAACUUGGAGGGUUCGGUGUAGCUGCUCAGCUACCUACUCCAACUGCUAAUCGGGUUCAACCUGAACUGGUGAUGGACACUCGCCCGCUAAUGGGUCCGAUGGGCCAAGCGUAUCUCAAAUCAGACGAGUACGGACGCAUUGGAACACCCCAUUACAUGGCUCCCGAGGUCGUUUCCACCCAGCUUUACGGCAAGCCAGUCGAUGUAUGGGCUGCUGUGGAAGAACUGAAGAAGUUCAACAGCCGACGUCGACUUCGCGCGGCUACACUGGCGGCCGCCGCGGCUGAUGAUGAAGAGGAUGAGGAACAACCUGCGCGCCGCGCUGUCAUGCUUGAAGAGGCUAAUGCUGCAGCUGUUAAUUUGAUUGUUGAGUCUUUGGAUGAUGUGGCAGUGCUGCAAGAUGGUCCAACGCUGAUGGAUGUCGAUCUAUUUCUCAGCGUUCUCGAUGAUUUGCAACUUCGAGCUUUGCUGGAGAUCUACGACCGUAUAGCAAGCACGGUAGUAGUAACAAGCGGGCGCGCCCCGGCGGCAGAAGGUCGCGCGCGCUGCCGGCAGGCGCUGGAGGCGGCCACCCGGCUGCGGCACGCCGGGCCCGCGCCCGCCGCCGCCACGCCCGCCACCGCCGCCGCCAUACACGAGAUACGACGACUGCUAGCACUGCCACAUAUUAAGACUAUGACACAGAAGAACAAACCAAAAUUAAAUUUAAAAUAA